AUGUUUAGACUCGCAAUCAGACAGAAUUUACUUGGAAACCUUUCAAGGCGUUCCCUCUCCACCACUCCUUCCACCCACCAACUCCAGAAAUUCGCUUUCCCAGCCAUGUCCCCUACCAUGACUGAAGGUGGUAUCGCCUCUUGGAAGAAACAAGCCGGCGAUUCCUUCACUGCUGGUGAUGUUCUCCUCGAAAUUGAAACCGACAAGGCCACCAUGGACGUCGAAGCCCAGGAUGAAGGUGUUCUCGCUAAAAUUAUGCUCGGCGAUGGCAACAAAUCAAUCCCUAUUGGUACUCCCAUCGCUAUCCUCGCUGAGCAGGGCGAUGACCUCUCUGGCGCAGACGCUUUAGCUGAGCAGGCUGCCGCUGAGAGUAAGGAGUCUGCCACUGAAGAGAAGCCUGAGGAGAAGCCUGAGCAAAAGUCUGAGCAGAAACCAGAACAAAAGUCUGAAAAAACCCCAGAGAAGCCUAAAGAAUCCACUUCCACUCCUCCACCAAACACCCCUCGCCAAACCAUCGCCGCCACUCCAAUCGCUCGCAAGUUGGCUCUCGAAAGAGGUGUCCCUCUCAUGCAGCUCAAGGGCUCCGGCCCAGAAGGUCGCAUCACAAAGGAGGACGUCGAAAAUUACAAGGCUGCUCCAGCAACCGCCGCACCUUCCGCACCUUCAAAGAACGCCGCCCCUCUCUUCGAAGACAUGCCUGUAUCCAACAUGCGCAAAGUUAUUGGCCAGCGUCUCUCAGAGUCCAAGUCACAGACUCCUCACUACUACGUAACACACGAGGUAGACCUCAGCAAGCUUCUCAAGCUGCGCACAGUCUUUAACGGUGCUGCUGAAGCUGAGAAGCGUGCCAAGCUCUCCGUAAACGACUUUAUCCUCAAGGGUGUCGCACUCGCCUUGAAGGAAGUCCCUGAAGCUAACCAGGCAUGGCUCGGCGACACCAUCCGUCAAUACCACCAAGCAGACAUCAGUGUAGCUGUUGCCACCCCCACCGGUCUCAUAACCCCUAUCAUCAAAAACGCUGGUGCAAAGGGAUUGGCUGAGAUUAGCGCAGAGACAAAGACUCUCGCUGGUAAAGCACGUGAUGGUAAACUCAAACCUGAUGAGUACCAAGGAGGUACCUUCACCAUCUCUAACCUCGGAAUGCUCGGCGUGGACAGUUUCACAGCUAUCAUUAACCCUCCACAAAGCUGCAUCCUUGCAGUUGGUGCUUCCUCACCUAAGCUCGUCUUGGAUGACUCAACUGAAAAAGGCUUCCGUGAAAUUCAAACUCUCAAACUCACUAUGAGCUCGGACCACCGCGUCGUCGAUGGCGCUAUCGCUGCUAGAUUCCUCGCUGCACUCAACAAAAUCCUCGCUGAGCCUCUCUCCUUGAUGCUCUGA